UAAUAUUCUGUGGUUUUGAGCUGAGUCCAAUACCGAGGAAACACAGUUUGUUAGGUCUAUGCUCUAACCACAAAUAAUUCGUAGUUAACCACGUGAAUAAGCAUAAAAUUCAAUUCGAUUUCAAGUGAACGACAGAGCCUCCAUUAUCAAAGGGAAAUAUCAUGGAUAUUUUAUCGCCCAGACCAAAAAGACUUUGCAGACUUCCGAAAUUCAAACCCUUGCCUAUAGUUAUGGAAUCAAACGGGGAAAUAUACAAAUAUCAGGGCUUUUUCGAUGGGUUCACCGUGAGAAUCCCUGAAAAACAGGAUAAGAAAAGUAUCGUCUCGAUGGGUUGCUUUGGAAAGGGCAGUUUAUCCAAGAGUUUUCCCACAUUUGACGGGUCAUCUGAAAAACCGGAAAUAAUCCGUCGAAGACAGAUGGAGAGAAGGAAGAAAUGGUCGGAAUCGAAUAAAACAGGGGAGAAGAGAAAAAUUAUUGUAUUACCAGACAGUGACGAUGAGAAUGAUUACUUCACGAAUUUACAAGCAACUUAUGACAUCGAUGAGUGUGGGGACAAGGAAACAACUAAUCUCAUGUUGGAAGAAGCGUUUUUCCUAAAAAACGCAAUAGGUUGUUUAGACGUACACCAUGAGGAUAAAAUUUUAGAUGACGAUAGAGCGUGGAAGUUAUUCAGUGAAAGUGACCCUUUUUUUCAACGGAAUUACGCUGUUUAUUAUCAUUUUAGGAGCAAAAAUUGGGUGGUCAAACCUGGUAUCAAAUUUGGCGGAGAUUAUCUUCUCUACAAGGAGGGGCCACAGUUUUACCAUGCCUCGUAUGUUGUGAUGAUAAAAAAUCAAAUAAAUAACGAUCCUCUAAAUACUACUAGUUUGAUCGGUUUUCAGAGAAUGUGCGAAACGUCUGGAAAAGAACUACUCAUUUGCUCAGUUUCACUUCCAAGAGAAUUUAUAUCCCCUGAUGACCUUCCGAAUGUGACAAUUAAAGAAAUCCUGAUGAAAAGAUGGGUGUCGUCUCAAGAAAGAGAAGAAAACACUAUAUAAUUCAUUUUGAAUUCGAAAAUAAUCUGUGAAUUAAUAUAAUAAAGCAAAAUUUUAUCAUAA